AUGAAACUAAAUCAAAUCCUCCUCCAAAUUCUAAUUUCUUUUAGCAUAAUCAAAUAAUUAUUUAGUUAAAUUUUAAAUGAAGCAAAUCUAUUGUUGCUAAGCGCUUCACCCAUAUCAAUUGUAGAGCUUAAAUAAUAUUAAUCGGGAGCAGGAUUUCACAUAGCGCUAACGCCUGAUAAUAAUUAUGCUUUUUUAUCAUGCCUAACAGGCGGAUUUUUAGUUUUUAAUGUUAGUAAUCCUUUUAAUCCUUCUCUCAUAAUUUAAGUUAAGGGUUACGAUGUACGAUAUAUUGCUCUUGAUUCUCAGUAUGCUUAUGUAGUAGAUGAUAUAGCUGGAUUAAGCAUAUAUAAUAUAUAAAAUAUCAAUUAAAUAAACAUUGUAGGUUAAAUGUCUUUUUCAUAACCUAUUUAAAGUGCUUUAAAAUUGAAAAAAUCAGAUACUCUAUUAGUAAUAGGAAAUGGUAUUAUGUUUUCUGUUGAUGUGAGUGAAAAAACUUAACCAAAAAUACUUUCUUAGUCAGGAACUAGUAAUUCGGCGUGUUAUGAUAUAAUUGCUAAUAAAGAAGAAACAUUUGCUUUUGCUUCAUAAGGAUAAUUUGGUGUUGGUAUAUACAACAUUAGUAAUUUAAAUAAGAUAUAAUAAAUCAUUUUACAAACACCAAAUUGGAUUGUAUAUCAAACUGCUCUCCAUUAAGAUGAAGAUAUUCUUUAUGUUGUUGAUGGUUGGUAUGGAUUAUAUUAUGCGGACAUUAGCUCUGUUACCUCACCAAAUCCUCCAUCUACUUUGUAAUUAGUAUUUAAUGUGAUAGUCUAAUACCCCGGUUUUGUUAUAUCAGGGGCUAUUUUAAGUUCAGAUAAGAAAUAUUUGGUGUUUGCAAUAAAAUCUGUAGGCUUUAAAAUAUACGAUAUAAGCAGCUAACCCACAAUGAAAAAGAAUCCAUAAAUAGUUUAUCAGCUAGAUGGUAGUUAUCUAAUGAAAUCUUUUGUAUUUUCAUCUAAUAAUAAUUACUUUUUAAUUAACAAUGGACUUGAAUUGGUAAUACAUAAAUAAGUUACUCCAAAUCUGAAUAGAGACUUUCCAAAUAUUUUUAAUUCUUUUUAAAGCACUCUAACUUUUCUGGGUAUUGAAUUUUGGCCAUACCAUCUUCAUAUUUUCUAAGAUGGGAAGACAGCAGCUGUUAAUGUUGGCUUGAUAGGUACUAAAUUAUAUGAUAUUUCUGAUAUCGAUCAUCCUGUUUGGCUUUCUACUAUAAAGUCUUAAGGCGGAACUUCCCAAGAUUAUGUUUAUGCUUAGCCAAGCAACGAAAAUAUUUUGUUUGUUGGUGGAAGUUAGCUCGGAGUUCAUAUUUAUGACAUAACUGAUAAAAAAAAUCCUAAUUUAAUUACAACCUACGCACCAAAUCCAAAUCUUCAAAAUAACAGUGAUGGAUUUGACAUGAAUGAAGAUAGGAGUAUAGUUAUUAUAGGAAAUUCUGAAUUUGGAAUAGGUUUAGCUGAUUUUAGAGAUUACAAGAACCCAAAAAAAUAUAGUAAUUUACCUAGUUUAUUAAGUUCAAAUGUAAAAAAAGUAAAGUUGAGUAAAAACAGUAAAUAUGCUUAUCUAGCUUCACUAGAAGUUGGUUUGAUAAUAUUAGAUAUUUCAGAUCCUUAUUAACCAAAAAUGGCGUCUGCUGUCUUCCAAAUGGCUGGUGAAACAGUAAAACUUUCUUCUGAUGAAAAUUAUGCAUACUUAUCAAAUGGAUUUACAGGAAUAACAAUAAUCAACAUUCAAAACCCUUUUUAGCCUUUUAUAGUUUCUUCUAUUCCUGUCGAUGGCUGGGCUAUAGAUUCAUUUACAAUGUUUAAUGAAAAAUAUAUAAUUGCCUGUACAGCUGAAAAAGGAUAAGUAGUAGCAAUAGACAUUUCCCAAAAAGAUAAACCUCAUAUACUAGCAAAGUUUUCUAUUUUAGAUGAACACAGCUUCUCAAUUGCAUCAACUCCAAACUAUUCAGCGGCGAUUUUCAUUGGUGCCAAGGGAAUGAGGAUUUUACCUUUAGAUACACAUACAUAUAUUCAUAGCCAAUAUAUUGAAAUAUUAAGUAACAUUAACAGUUCUUAGAAAUAAAGAGAUAUGAAUAUUGGAGAGGCUUUAAAGGUAGGUUCUACUAUAUAGAUUACUUUUGCAAGUGUUUACACUGAACGAGAAAUCAUUUAUGAAAAUGCUUUUAAUUAUCAGAAUUAUGAAAUUAAAAACUUACCAUAAUACAUGUAGUUUAAUUCAAUUUAGCAGUAGUUAAUUAUCAAAGUAGAUAAAGACUAAGUUUCAAGUAAUAAAUUAGGAGAAAAUAUCGUCCUAUUACAGCUUUCAAUUUAAAUAACUUACUAAUAAAUUAUGGCUAUUCAUCCAGUAAUUUAGCUCAACUUAGCUUUAGGAAUUAUCUAAUGCUUAAUACAAGCUAACUUUCUAAAUUAGUAAUAAUUUUUAAAUCUGUCUUUCGAUCCAUCAAGACCAUUUUAUUUGGAUUUUUAUACGUUCUUGAAUAUUCCAAAGACUUAAUUUGAACCUAUUGAUUAGUAAAUAUAAAAUGGAAUAUAAAAUCUGUUAAAAUACUCAAGAAUUCUAUAUCCUAUCAAAUUUUUUGUUACGUCUUCAUUGAUAAUAAAUAAAAAUACUAAAUUAGAUUAAGUAAUUGAAACUCCUUCUUAAAGUGUCAGUGUACUGUUUACUAUAUUACCUAAAUAGGGAUAAUCUAAGCCUAAUGGAGCAUUCAUCAAAAAAUCUUUUUAAGGAGUAUUAGCUUCAUUUUCAGACUCAUAAGACUAAUUAAAAUUAGAAGGCUCAUUAUAAAAUGUUAAUAUAAUUCUCAACUAAAAUAUAUAAGUUGCAAAUUUAACAGCAUUAGAAGAUAUUUAAAUUAGCUAUACAAUAUCAGAUGGUAGUAAUUUUGAUAUUAACUCCUAAGAUUCUCUACUUAACUUAACUUUUAUAGCAUUAAAUAAACCUGUAGUUUUAAAUAAAAAUAUAUAGGAUUAACUUAAUAACUAAUUCUCAAAAUCAGGUAUGUAUGUUGCUGAAUAAUUCAAUUUUAAACUGGAUUCAUAAACCUUUGUUGAUUUAGAUUCUUAUAAUAACGAUUUAAUUUAUUCAGCUUACUUUGUGCAUUCUAAUUCAUUAGAGCCAAUUACUGAGACUUCAGAUAAAAUAUAAUUUAAUCCAAGAUAAGCAACAUUUAUAGGCAUUAUACCAUAAUCUGAAUUAUUUAAUACGUAUAGAAUAAGAGUAGUUGCCUCAGACGGAUAUACUUUUGCUUAGGAUGAAUUUGUUAUGGACUUUAGACUUAUGCCUCUUGGAUUAAUAGUCUAAUUGUUAUUUUAAAUUAUUGGACCUAUUAUUGGUGUUUUAGGUUUAUGGAGAUACCGUUCAUUUUUUUACAGACUUUUAAUGAAGAAAUAAUAUUCUUAUAUGAAAGAGCAUGCGUAUAUUGGAGAGGAAUACAGAAAAAAAAUAGUGCUAAUGAGCUCGAUUUAAUCUGAUUUCUAAAAAAUAUGGAAAAUUUAUAAAAAAUAAAAUAAAGAUUAUAAAAAGAAAAUAUGGGAAAGUUAUAAUUAAAAAAAGGCAGAGUUUUUGGAAGAUUUGAUUAUGGAGCUUGAAAAAAUCUACAAUUAGAAACAAAAGGAAUAUCCAUAUAUACAGGAGCAGGAGUUUAUUUUUCCAUUUUCUCGUCUAAAUUAUAUCCUGUAAGUUUACAUACUAGAUAUUUAUUUAAAGCUACCUUAAAAUUAACCUGUCUUAAAAGGUUUUGAGAGUUUAAAAAAGAAAAGUAUUUAAUAAUUAAAGAAUUAAAAAAAUUGGUAUAGAAAAUAUGUAAGAAUAAAUAUAGAUUCAAACUGGAAAGCUAAAAAAAGAGAAUUUGAGACUAGCUAGAAUUAAUCUUAAUCAAUUCAUAUUUUUGAUGCUAAAGAUCAUGUAAACUAAACUCAAGCUGCAAUAUCUUUGAAUGUUCCAAAUUAAAAUCCUUUUCCCAAAGUUGAAUUUUUAGAUGAUUUAAUCAACAAAGAUCUAGAGGAGUGUAAAAUUAUAUGUGAUAAAAAUUUAUUGAAAGAAUUGAUAACUUUUGAGGUAUAUGGAAUAAUUGUAAAAUAACCUUUUAGAUUCUCGCCAUCUAGAGGAGAAAGCUUGCACUUACUUUCUUCUGAUCUUAUUAGUGUUAACGCAUAUAUAAAGGACAAAGGAUCUUGUCAAUGUAUAAAAAGAUGCUUAGAAAUAGAUUAUAAGCCUAUUGGAUUAUAUCAUAACUCACCACUUCCAUCUUGGCUUGAAUGUGAUAUAAUUGAUGAUGUUAUAUAUUUAUGGGGAACACCAACAAAUAAAGAUAUAGGCACAGUAUAGUUAAGAAUAAGUGAUUUGUUUGGAUUUACUGUAAUGUAGUUCGAUUUAGACAUAUAGCACAAAGAUGAAUAAGAUAAUCCUAUUAAAAAGUUGACAAGUGAAAGAAACAUUAAAAUAUAAAUGAGAUAAAAUAAUUUAAGGAUGCCAAAUAGCAACGUAUCAAACAAAAAUUAAAAGAAAAGCGUACUUGAAAUUUAUUCUUAUGCUAACAGUGAAGUAAACUUUAAAUAAUAUCACAAAAACUCAGAAUAACAUCAAGUAAAAUUUUCAGACAAUAAGUCAGAAAAAGAUGAAAAUCAUGAAAUUCUUUCAUUUGAAAUGCUUUCUUAAAAUAACGUAAAUGAUAUUAGAUCAUUUGAAUAUGUUCCUUCUCAAAACAAAUAAAAAACUACAAUUUAACAAUUGAUUUUUAAUAAAUCUUAAGCAGGUGAUGAUGAUGAAGAAGAUAAAAAAAUGUAACUUAAAUAAUACAUUACUAUUACGAAUAACUUAGAAACUAAAGAAAAUCAAUCAAAUUAAGUCUUUUAGGAAGAUAAAUAAUUAUAAAAUAUGUGA